GCAGUUUAUCCUCUCAAUACUGUAGGUGAUCAAAAAUCAAUAGUGAGAUUACAAUUUGUUUGUUCUCAGAGCUCAGUGGUAUACUAGUGGGUAUAACAGUGAAGGAAAAAGUGCAGCAAUUUAUGUCGUUAAAUGUAAACUAGGCCUAUGGGCUGCUGUGUGAUUUGGAUAUGUGAGGAAAAAUGCUCGUGGCAAGUUGUCAUGAUGAACUCCGCAGGAACCUCCCCAAGUCUAAUCAAAUGCACAUUAAACGAAAUGAUAUACAGCGUACAGUACUGUAUGUUUGGUAUAUGGUGCAAUAAAGUUUUCAUUAAUUAGCCACAGUUACCAUAUACUCCUAAAAAUCAAUUCGCUAUCUUGAAUAAUGUCAGUGAGUUUGUCCCUAUGUCCAGGAAGCACGGUACUUGAGAGAGGUAAUUAGUGCGCUACGUAUAAAUGGCUAGAAGGCGGUUCAUGAAGAUCUAGGUCUUGCUCCUCUAGUCACUGAUAGGACUACAGAAAUACAAGUACUGUAGUAAAAGAACUGGAAUCAACAAUGAAAUAUCCUUCUCCAUCACCAACAGUUGCAGGAAAUCCUAGAUAACACCAUGUUCACCAAUGUAACUUAAUGUGCCGCAUCUUUUAAACGGUGGGUACAGGAACAGACAACUGCUGAUUCCUGUUAGCACUGUUAGCAGGCUGAGAGCUUUUCCUUCCUUUAACUUAUGAACAUGAAUAAAAGUAGCAGUAGCAACAGUGCCAACAGAAGCAUUGUUUGUGAUGACAGCAACAGAAACAAUAGAAACAAUAAUAUCAAGAGAGAACAAACAAUAUGUGAAGGAACCACUGUGCCAGCUGUGUGUGAGGCAGGUAGAGGUGCAGUGUCAGAAGCCAGUAGUGCAGCUGUCAGUGUUCCCUCCACAUACCAAGGACAUAGUCAUGUAGGGAACAGAGGGGAAAGUGCAGCCUCGGCCAAUGCCUCAUAUCAUCACAGUGCUGGAGCUGGGAAUGGUGAAAAUAAUGGCAUUGCUGUUUCAUCUGGCUACCAUCAUAGCAGUUCUACUGGAACAAAUGCACCUGGGGGAGGAGUCAGUGAGCCCUCAAAUAUUCCAACCAGUUACCAUCAAGCAGGCAUUGGAAGUGGGGGUCCAAGCAUAGGGGAAGGGGGAGUGGCAGGUGGAGGUGGAAUACCAGCAAAUGUUUCAUCAGCCUACCAUCUUCCACAUGGGGGAGGAGGAGGAGGAGGAGAAGGAGGAGGAGGAGGAGGAGGAGGAAUUGUUGCAGGGAAUGGAGGUCCUGGAGUGCAAGUUAAUACAGCACCAAGUUAUUAUUACUCACCAAUAUUGAAUUCCCAGCAGUCUCUUCUGCGUCCCAUAAUGACUGCUCAGCCUCCACUGUAUUCCCCACUGCUUGCAUCUCAACAACACUCAUAUCCAAUGCCACAUGCAUCACCUUCUGCAGGGUCAUCAUACUUUGCUAACUUGAGCGAGAGCAUGCGUGGUGGACUAACUGAAAUGUUGCCAGGCACACCUGAGAACGUUUACAAAGAUGUGGGACAGUCUGGGAGGCAAGGAUCAAGCACAGAACAUACAGCUAAAGCAUGUGAUGCUUCAGAUUCUCGCCAGUAUGCCAUGGACGUUUGCCAGCGCAGACUUCAGCAAGAUGGAGGGUAUAAUUCUGUGGCUUAUCCCUCUUGUGGAGAAGUUGCAACACGACCAGGUCAUGGACACGACCAACGAACCUUUGACGAUUAUUCUCGUAUGACUGUAUAUAGUGAGGAUGGGGCAGGAAGAAGUUGGGAAGGAAUGGGAGGAUGUGGAACAGUGACAUCUUCAUCAACAUCACGCACUGCUGUCCCACCCAAUCAUAUGUCUCACCCAUACACCUACUCUUACACUGAUUGUCGCCUUGAUGCUGCUUGGAAUAAGUGUGUGGCAGGCAUGAGCGUAGGUACUGUGGGUGGAGUGAAUGGGGAAGGUUUUGCUCCACAAGAACAGCAAGUUGAUAAUACUCAAGUAAAGACUGUAGCUCGUGGUGCUGCCACCCACUCACUGACAGUCAACAUGAACAUGAGCAUGAGUACUGUUGAUCCUUCAAUGUCUCGAUCCCACUAUGAGUAUCAACCAUUACCUGGCACACAGAUACCGCCAUUUCUACCUUACCUCACACCACUGAGCUACCAGCAAGUUACAGAUUCUCGGGUUGAAAAUCGCUCAGACCACCGAUCAACUUCCCAUCGCUCGGAUCAUCAAGCUUGUUCUGGGCAAGUGAACCAAGCCAGCACAAGACAACUCGAGCAUCACAUAGCACCUGCAGCAGAAAAACUUCCUACUCUUCCACUUCCUCCUCCAGCCCAGCCGCCACUUCCCUUACCUCAUCCAGUACUUCCUGCUACCCAGCCACCACCACCAUCAAUAACCCAUGCAUUACCUCCUCUGACUCAGCCUGCAGUUGCAAUUCCUCAUGCAUUAACAUCGAGUGAGCCGAGUGUCAGUACACACACCAACUCUGUCACCACCUC